UUAGAGAGGCGGGUGGAGUGUGUGGGGAGAAGCUGCGCUCUCGCUUUCUGUGCAGGAAAGCGCUUGUGGAUCGUGCGUCCUAACUCACGCAAAAAUCCAGGCUGGUCCUGGUGAGCGAGGCUCCCUCGCGAGGCACGGCAGAUGAGUUGGGGAGCGGGGGGGGGACUCGGCUUGGCUCGGCGCCCCCUUCCCGCCUCCCUCGCCCGGGCGCUCACUCCUGCAUCAUCCUCGCACCGAGAGAGGCAGCCGCGCGCUCUCGCGCCGAGUGAGAGCCGCCUUGCAGACCGCAGCGGUUCCAGCCGGAGCUUGGAGGAAAUGGGCAGGACGAGACUCCCUCUUCCAGGGCAGCCCAGCUGAGCCCCGUCUCCCCACAGCCUCAGCACCACUUUCCAGGGACCCAGCAGGCUGGCCGGAUCGCAAGUGAUGGGCUCCGGACAUGGGCACCUUCUCCGAGAGUGAUGCCUUGCUGAGCCUGGGCUCUGUCAUUGAUGUCUCCAGCCUCCGGGAAGUCAUCAAAGAUGCCAUCGCUUCGGUGCUCCCCAAAGUGGAAAGAGUGUAUGUCUACCUCCUGGAUGGGGAAACCCGGCUGACGUGCAAUGACCCACCCCAUGAGUUGCCACAGGAGGGAAAGCUUGGAGAUGCCGUCCUGCAGCAGAAGAGGGUGGAAUGCAAAGGGCUGCCCCCGGCUGAGUUGCAGGGCAAGCCGAUGAUUGGCCUGGCUGCGCCAUUAGCCCCGGAUAAGCAAGUGUUGAUCAUCCCCUUGGCGGACAAGGAUGUUGGGACCGUGGUCUGUGUCAUCCUGGUACACUGUAGUCAACUCUCUGAAUCAGAUGAGCUGAACCUUCGCGCUUUAGAGAAGCAUAUCCUGGUGUCCUACAAGCGCAUCCAAGCCCUGCAGAAGCUGCAGCCCUGGCCGCAGGUCAGCCUGUCCACCAGUUCGUCGCAGAAUUCUCUAGCAAAAACCGAGGGGCCUUCCAAGAACAGCUACAGCGACUUGGACCGCAAGAUCCUCCAACUGUGUGGCGAACUGUACGACUUGGAUGCAGCCUCACUCCAGCUCAAAGUUAUUAAUUACCUGAAACAAGAGACCCAGUCGCCAUGCUGUUGCCUCCUGUUGGUUUCUGAAGACAACCACCAGCUUUUCUGCCAGGUCGUUGGAGACAAGGUGUUGGAGGAAGAGAUCAGCUUCCCUUUAACGGUGGGGCGUCUGGGGAAGGUUGUGGAGGAGAAGAAAUCGAUCUCCCUGCAGGACAUCAGCUUGGAGGAGCAUAAGCAGUUGAACAGCAUGUUGGGCUUCGAGGUGACCGCCAUGCUGUGCGUCCCGGUGAUCAGCAGAGCCACCUCGCAAGUCGUGGCGCUGGCCUGUGCCUUCAACAAGCUCGGUGGAGAGAGCUACACAGAAACGGACGAGCACAAGAUCCAGCACUGCUUCUGCUACACCUCCACGGUGCUGACCAGCACACUGGCCUUCCAGAAGGAGCAGAAGCUCAAAUGCGAGUGUCAGGCUCUUUUGCAAGUAGCCAAGAAUCUCUUCACACACCUCGAUGACGUCUCGGUGCUGCUGCAAGAGAUCAUCACCGAGGCCCGGAAUCUCAGCAACGCCGAAAUAUGCUCUGUGUUCCUGCUGGACAGAUGCAGCCACGAACUGGUGGCCAAAGUUUUUGACGGGGGUGUGGUGGAUGAUGAGAGCCACGAAUUCCGGAUUCCGGCAGAUCAGGGCAUCGCGGGCCACGUGGCGACCACGGGGAAGAUCCUCAACAUCAAGGACGCCUAUUCGCACCCGCUUUUCUACCGCGGGGUGGACGACAGCACCGGCUUCCGCACCCGGAACAUCCUCUGCUUCCCCAUCAAGGACGAGAACCAGGAGGUCAUUGGAGUGGCUGAGCUGGUGAACAAAAUCAACGGGCCUUGGUUCAGCAAGUUUGACGAGGAUCUGGCCACUGCCUUCUCCAUCUACUGUGGCAUCAGCAUUGCCCAUUCUCUGCUCUACAAGAAGGUCCACGAAGCCCAGUACCGGAGCCACCUGGCCAACGAGAUGAUGAUGUACCAUAUGAAGGUUUCAGAUGAUGAAUACACCAAGCUCCUCGACGAAGCAAUCGUGCCAGUCUCAGAAAUUGACCCGAGCUUUGCCAAAUUCACCUACACCCCGCGUUCCCUUCCGGAGGACGACACAUCUAUGGCCAUUCUGAGCAUGUUGCAGGACAUGAAUUUCAUCAGCAGCUACAAAAUCAACCGCCAGACCCUUGUCAGGUUCUGCCUGAUGGUGAAAAAGGGAUACCGGGACCCCCCCUAUCACAACUGGACGCAUGCCUUCUCCGUCUCCCACUUCUGCUACCUGCUCUACAAAAAUCUGGAGCUCGUCAAUUACUUGGAAGACAUCGAAAUCUUUGCUUUGUUCAUCUCCUGCAUGUGCCACGACCUGGACCACAGAGGCACCAACAACUCCUUCCAGGUGGCUUCGAAAUCGGUCUUGGCUGCCCUGUACAGCUCAGAAGGCUCAGUGAUGGAGAGGCACCAUUUUGCUCAGGCCAUCGCCAUCUUAAACACCCACGGCUGCAACAUCUUCGAUCAUUUCUCUCGGAAGGAUUACCAAAGGAUGCUGGACUUGAUGAGAGACAUUAUCCUGGCUACAGACCUUGCUCACCACUUGAGGAUCUUCAAAGACCUCCAGAAAAUGGCAGAAGUUGGCUACGACCCCAAGAACAAGCAACACCACAGCCUCUUGCUCUGCCUCCUCAUGACCUCGUGCGACCUCUCGGACCAGACCAAAGGCUGGAAGACCACCCGCAAGAUCGCUGAGUUGAUCUACAAGGAGUUCUUCUCCCAAGGAGAUCUGGAGAAAGCCAUGGGCAACCGGCCAAUGGAGAUGAUGGACCGGGAGAAAGCUUACAUCCCCGAGCUGCAGAUCAGCUUCAUGGAGCACAUUGCCAUGCCCAUCUACAAGGUGCUCAACGACCUCUUCCCCAAGUCGGCCGAGCUGUACGAGAGGGUGGCCAGCAACCGGGAGCACUGGAUGAAGGUGUCACACAAGUUCACCAUCCGCGGCCUCCCCAGCAACAACUCCCUGGACUUUCUGGACGAGGAGUACGACCUGCAAACGAUGGGCGAGAACAACGGCCUCAAGAUGAACGGCUGCCUGGACUCGGAAGACGGCCACAUGGAGGCAGAAUGACGCCCCGAGGCACCUCCCCGCUUUGGGAGGAAUCCGGACACACACAAGUGCAACUUUGCAACCCUUUUCCCCUUCCGGGAAACCAACGGGGCUGAUUUUUGGAAACAAAAAAAAAGGGGAGGGGGUUCUUCUUAUUUAUAUAUACAAUGUGCUCUCCCCGCUGCGGGCAUCUCCUUCCAUUGCCACCCCCUCCCUCUCCCCACUCUCCAUGCUCCUUCUGUCUGACACCUACACCUCACCCCACCCCGCAACACCUUGCAGACCGGCUUGCAGUCCUCCAUGAGGACUAGGAAGCUGCCAGCUUGCUGUCGUUUCUAAGCUUCCUCGCGCAGUUGAGUGAGAUGAAUGCACGGCGCCCCCCCACCCCACAGCACCCAACCCACUUGACUCACCCGCUCGCCGUCAGCAUCUGGGUCAGGCAAAGUCAUCUUUUGUUAGCCUGGUGAGAUGUGUGUGUUCCCCAACUCUGGGUAGCAGAGUCGUUUAGGGCUUUAAAUGCUAAAUGUGAUCAGCAACAGGUAAAACUGCCCCGGGCAGAAUGUGGCCCACCUCACCCCCUCUUCCUAUACCCAGAAAUGCCAUUCCUUCUCCAUAGUCAGGCCUGAGGGCUGUUUCUUAUGGAACUACUGUCUUGUGCCACUGGUCCAACACACUCAGUGAUGCCCACACUGGCUGGCAGAUGCCAGGGAUUGAACCUGGCACAGAGACUUGCCACCGGCUGCCAAAGGAGACUCAUAGAAUUGCAGAGUUGGAUGAGACCUUGAGGACCAUCUAGUCCAGAGUUUUCCAAAUUUGGGUCUCGCAUCUUUUUUUGGACUACAACUCCCAUCAUGCUGUAUUGUUUUUAUAAUGCUGUAUUGUUUUAAUAUUCAAUUGGGAGCCGCUGGGGAGUGGCUGGGGAGACUCAGCCAGAUGGGUGGGGUAUAAAUAAUAAAUUAUUGUUAUUAUUAUAUCAUCCCUAGCUAAGCAGGACCAGUGGUCAGGGAUGAUGGGAACUGUAGUCCAAAAACAGCUGGAGAUCCACGUUUGGGAAACCCCGUUCUGGCCCAAUCCUAGGCUUGAAAGGACACCUUUCUCUUUCGAUAUUCUGAACCAAACCAGCCAGGUCUGGAGUCGAAGGAGAUCCACCCACCCCUUUAGCAAAUCAUGGUUCACGUAGUUCAGGCUUCUAGCUUCUUCUCCCUCUUCUUUUGAAACACCAUGUUCUCGUUCUUGGCAUAGACCUUCAGGUUGCUAAGCCAUUUGGAGUACAGGGCCCAGGCAGUCGAGUCGGCGAUGGGCUGCCUUCUCUUCCACCCUAGACAGCUCUCAAAAUAAUUCGGAGUUCUGAGGUUAAUUCCUCAGGCCUCCUCUUGAUCCCCGGAAAGGUAUUGCUGUUCCUCGAUUGGGUCCGGAACAAGCUUCCGGUGCCUGGCAGGCCCUGAAUUGCACGGACGCCGUGGGAGCAGUCGCGGGGGUCCCGUUGACAAUUGGAAGCCUUUAUGGACUGGGCUGCAGGUGUUUGUGGGGCAGGAUAUCAGCAGGUUAUGGGGAAAGCAAGAGUUUGCUGGAGAAUACAAAGCUCAGACCGGGAGGUCAGUGCAGGAAACUUGCUCCUUAAGCAGGUGCAUAAAGACAAAACCAUGUAUAGUUUGAUGAAAUGCAGGCUGCCUUACGCAGAGUCACCAUCCGUCUACGUUACCUUUGCAUUCCAUGCCACAGCAAACCACGCCAUCCAAACCCAGGAUCUUGGUUAAGGAUGGGAGAGUCUGACAAUUUCAGCUUCUCUUAAUAUCUCAUUUCCCCCAAUCUUAAAUUCCCCGCAUUUUCACAUCAGUCUGCAAUAUCGUCCUCAUGAAAAGCCAUCGCCAUUUCAGCGCAGAUUCCCCCACCCCCGUGUGAAUAUUUUUGUACGCGGUUUUGCCUAACGUGCACUUUUGUAAAUUGUUUUCACCAAUAUACACACUUUGAAGCACACGCCGCCUGAGCGUGGGGAUCUUUGUACGCAACGCUUGGCUGGAGAGCGGGAUCUGCAAAAUUCAAAGAAGUGCAGAUUUCGAAAGGCAUCUGUGCUUCAGUUUAUGUAUUGCUUCAGAAACUGUAAGUUAAGUAGAUUCACCUUGAAAUGUGAACUGAAUUUCUCCCUCACCCCUACUCAUCCAUAACCACGAUCUGUAGCCAAGGUUUGACCUAUGGUUAUAGGUUGUGGUUAAGGUGGAGAGAGCUAAAUUAUUGUCCCAGCUUCAGAUGACACACUAAGCCAAACGCAAAAAGCAACUGGUGUUCAGAAACAUCACUGCUUCUAACCUUGGAGGCAGAGCACAUCCAUCGAGGCUAAUAGUCAUUGAUAGCUGUCCAAUCCACAAAUUUGUCCAAUCCUCUUUUAAAGCCUGUGGCAGGGAGUUCCAUAGAUUAACUAUCCAACACCCAAAUACGGCUGGGACUUCUGGGCUGAGGAAUGUCAGGCUCAAAGAAGGGGUGCGAUUUCAUAGGAUCAUAGAACUGUGAAGUCAGGAGGGAACCCCAGGGUCAUCUAGUCCAACCCCCUCCAAAGCAGGAAUUUCAACUGGAUCGUACAUGACAGGUGGCCCUCCAACCUCUGCUUAAAAACCUCCAAAGAAGGAGAUGGCCACCAGCUCUUGUGGGAGACAGUUCCACUGUCAAACAGCUCUUGUCAUCAGAAAGUUCUUUCUGAUGUUGAGUCGGACUCUCCUUUCUUACAAUUUGAAGCCAUGGGUUCGAGUCCUACCCUCCAGAGCAAGAGAAAACAAACUUUCUCCAUCUUCCAUGCGACAGCCCUUGAGAUAUUUGAAGAUGGCUGUCCUAUCUCCCCUCAGUCUCCUCUUUUCCAGGCUAAACAUACCCAGCUCCUUCAACCGUCCCUCAUGAGGCUUGGUUUCCAGACCCUUGGUCAUCUUGGUCGCCCUCCUCUGCCCACCUUCCAGCUUGUCAACACCCUUCUUAAAUUGUGGUGCCCAGAAUUGGACACAGGACUCCAGGUGUGGUCUGUCAAGGCAGAAUAGAGUGGGACUAUUCCUUUCCUUGACCUGGAAACUAGACAUCUGUCAAUACAGCCUAGAAUAGCAUCAACAGAACCGACAGGCCCUCUCCUCCUCCAUGGAUUUGUGUGAUCCUCUUUUAAAGCCAUCUAGGUUAGUGGCCAUCACUGCCUCCUGUGGCAGGGAGUUCCGUAGUUUUAACUACCCAGCACCCAAGUAUGGCUGGGACUUCUGGGUUGAAGGAGGCCAGGAUGAAAGAAGAAGGGGUGUGAUUUGCAUGCCUGAUGCUGCUGAAGGCCUUUUGUGCUCACUAAAUGGCCAUUUCGAAAGCCGCUUGGCAGAGAAUCUCAGGGCGAGGAGCAAAGCCAGAAAGGCAUGUUGCAGCAGUGCUAAGGCAGCGCGAUUCCCACCCUCUUCGCCUCUUAAAAGGGAUGGGCAGAGGGAUGUCUCCUUGCUUCAGUCUCCACUCUGGACCAAAACACAAGAACAAUGUGGUGAAUAGCUGGAAAUGCUAGCUGUAGGGUGCCGCUCCUGAAAACUUGUUUAAGAACCUCAGAGGAACCUGCUGGACCAUCUUAGUCCAGCCUCCUUUUCUCACAGUGGCCAGCCAGGUGCCUGCGGGCAGGAUUCGAACUCAAGAGCAAUUCCCUUCCCUCCUGCAUUUGCCAGCAGCCGGUGGCUGCGCAAGUGCCAAAAGCACAUGGGGGGGUUCCCUUCAAAAGACCAAAUUUUUUAAAACCAGGUCUCCGCUGAAACAGGCCUUGCCUGAAACCACCUCGCCUCCCCUGCUUUCUUUGCAUUAGUUCCAAAUGUUGGCACUUCUCCAAACCACCUGCCUUCUCCCUGUGCCCCCCCCCCCCCGCCUGCUGGCAACAGGCGUUUGCAAAGAAAGUCACAUGGCUUACCUGGGCCAUGGAGGUUCGAUCGCAGUGUGGGAAUAUGAGGCUGGGAACCAACCACCUCGAGGGCAAAGAAAGGGAACAUGGCACAGAGAAGGAGCAUCAGCCGGGAGCAUAAAUGAGCACCGGCGGAGUUUUUUUUAAUCUGCGUCAUAGAAUUUGUCUAGUUGGAAGGGCCCCCUAAUGCUCAUCUAGUCCUACCCCCCGCAAAGCAGGAACGAGCUACUUUCAAAUGAGCUGUUUUCGAAAAGGGUAUCAAAGUUAGAGAGUAAUGAAAAAGUGGGGUCUCCUUCUCCUUCACUGGAAGAAGAGAAAGCCCCCUUUUCCAUAUCCAUCAUCUUUGAAACUCCGGGCAUUCUGAACCACAGGAUUGUAGAGCUGGAUGGGACCCCAAGGGGCCACGUAGUCCAACCUCCUGCAAUGCAGGAAUGUCAAAGUUCACAUUCUCAAUCGGAUAUUUGAGCUCCGUCCAUUGACAACGUCAUCUUUACAUGCUCAAGCAUUAAUGUGCUACACCAGCCUUUGCCCGCCAGGAGUUUGGGACUACAAAGACCAUCAUCCUCAGCAAUCACCUCUGCGCUGGCAGGGGAUGAUGGACGUUGUAGUACAUUUGCAAUGUGGCUCACGCGAAUCUUUGCUGAGAUUUCCCGGCUCUCUGCACCGGCUGGUUCCCAUCAUCACUGCCAGUUUCUAUCUUUGGGAAAAAACGGGUCUUUUUCGGUAUCAGUCCUCUCUCACUCACUCAACCGACAACGCAAGGGCUCCCAAGAACCGUUCAAGUGUUGCACAUUUAUUACAAAAUAAAAAUAAUAAAAAUAACAAUCCUCUGCCCCUCCCUGCCCUCCCCGCGAGUGACAGGAGUGUCUGUGCGAAUCCUGCUUCAUAGUUGUCCUGUAUUUAAGAACAACAACACAAAGAGGAACAUCGAGGUGUCCUGUGUGACACUGGUGUUUGCCCAUUGCGGCCAUAUCCUUACUGGUUUUAACGUGGGUGGGUGUGUUGUCACAUGUGUGUGUGUGUGUGUGUGUGUGUGUGUGUAUCUGCAGAUAUAUAUAUACAGUAUAUAUCCCAACAUGUAGAUACUGUUUGAGAGAGUCAGGUCAGCAAGGAUAUUCUCUUUGCGUGGGGUGGGGGGGAGCGUUAAAAAAUAUUUCCAAUUUGCUUUCCUGUCUUUUCUUAAUGAUAGUUGAUUCAUUCUGGGAUUUUUUUUGGGGGGGAGGGGCUGGGCUGCCUCCUUUUCCUCCCCUUAAUAGGUGUGAUGGGGCAAAAAUGAGGAUUCUCUUUUCCUAAUAAAUUUCAUAUGCAGA